AACAAAUUCCUGGGUUCAGAGAGAAGCCAGAUCAGGCUACGCUAGAUCUUGCCACAUUAGCUGCUAAAAACUGCAGCCAAUUGGCUGUUUACAGACAACACAUUCCCUUGUGUGCAGGCAAAACACAGGCGAGGUGGGGCAAAGUGUGACAUUGGGAUCAGGUAUAAAAACUCCGGAGGGGACUGGGCUCUCACUGUCUUCCUGUGUCCCCGAGGCUCUUGAAAAGGACAUGGCUACCAAAGUGGAAAUGAGUGGCGGAGGUCUCCCAGGGACUCUCGCUGGGGUACACGAGCACACGCAAGCAGUCACUAGGAACUAUCUUACACACCCAAGGCUGACCUACCAGACUGUGUGUGGUGUGAACGGACCACUGGUGGUACUGGACAACGUUAAGUUUGCCCAGUUUGCUGAGAUUGUCGACUUCACUCUCCCCAACGGCACGCAGCGGAGUGGGCAGGUCUUAGAAGUGGUGGGCUCCAAAGCCAUCGUCCAGGUGUUUGAAGGAACAUCUGGGAUCGAUGCGAAGAAGACCUCUUGUGAGUUCACUGGGGACAUUCUGCGCACACCUGUUUCGGAGGAUAUGCUCGGGCGAGUUUUCAAUGGUUCUGCUAAACCCAUUGACAAGGGGCCGACCGUUAUGGCUGAAGACUUCUUGGACAUAAAUGGCCAGCCCAUCAACCCCCACGGCCGCAUUUACCCCGAGGAGAUGAUCCAGACGGGGAUUUCGCCCAUUGACGUCAUGAACAGCAUCGCCAGGGGGCAGAAGAUCCCCAUCUUCUCAGCUGCUGGGCUCCCCCAUAACGAGAUCGCUGCUCAGAUCUGCCGACAAGCGGGGCUGGUGAAGAAGUCCAAAAGCGUCAUGGAUUAUCACGAGGACAACUUUGCCAUCGUCUUUGCUGCUAUGGGGGUGAACAUGGAAACAGCCCGUUUCUUCAAGUCGGACUUUGAGGAGAACGGCUCCAUGGAGAACGUGUGCCUUUUCCUGAACUUGGCCAACGACCCCACAAUUGAGCGCAUCAUCACGCCCCGCCUGGCCCUGACCACGGCAGAGUUCCUGGCCUACCAGUGCGAGAAACACGUCCUUGUGAUCCUGACAGACAUGAGCUCCUAUGCAGAGGCCCUGCGUGAGGUCUCGGCAGCCAGAGAGGAGGUCCCCGGCCGUAGGGGGUUCCCGGGCUACAUGUACACUGACCUGGCCACCAUCUACGAGCGGGCCGGACGUGUGGAAGGCAGGAAUGGCUCCAUCACACAGAUCCCCAUCCUGACCAUGCCCAACGAUGAUAUCACUCACCCCAUUCCUGACUUGACCGGAUUCAUCACGGAAGGGCAAAUUUAUGUGGACCGCCAGCUCCACAACAGGCAGAUCUAUCCGCCCAUAAAUGUCCUGCCUUCGCUUUCCCGUCUGAUGAAGUCAGCUAUUGGGGAAGGAAUGACACGGAAGGACCAUGGUGAUGUCUCCAACCAGCUGUACGCCUGCUAUGCCAUCGGCAAGGAUGUCCAGGCUAUGAAGGCCGUGGUUGGGGAGGAGGCCCUGUCCGCGGAUGACCUCUUGUACUUGGAGUUCCUGCAGAAGUUUGAAAAGCAGUUCAUUGCACAAGGGGCUUAUGAAAACCGGACUGUCUUUGAGUCACUGGACAUUGGUUGGCAGCUUCUCCGGAUCUUCCCCAAAGAGCUCUUGAAGCGGAUCCCAGAGAACAUCCUCUCCGAAUACUACCCACGGGAGGCCAAAGGGACGGGGCAGGACACCACUCUGUGAAUGCUCCGUGGCUGUCCUGCAAGCGUGGCUGCUAGUAGCCCACGCGGCAAUCAGCAGGAGCCACUGGCCGCACCCUACAAGGACAAUCCCAUUUGUGGUGGAGGGUGGGGUAUCUGCAGCCUUCGCCCCCCACACACUCUCCCCAUACUUCCCCCCCCCCCCGGGCCUCCAUCCCACUGCAGUUAAAGUGUCCAUUGAGCAUAAUAAUCCAAUAAAACUGACAUUUAUU